AUACACUGUUUGGUGACGAGAUAGUUUCAUAUGCCUUGUGUGACACUGCAUGGAAGAUGCUGUUAGAUCCGUGGGUGGAAUAGACGUGCAUAGGGAUGGCUCAAAUACAAGUAAGCAUAUAAGAGAGAAACGCAUAGAUCUCUUGGUUGAUGAACAAAUAAAGAGCAUACAGAAAUCUUCGUAUCAUAUUUACAAUUCCAGUACAUAGUCACAAAGGUCACUGUAAUCAUAUCGCAAGUGUUUACGAAAAAAUAAGCAUCCUCUCUGGCUCUCUCUGGCAACUUCCUAUCAUAAUGCUCCACUCAUUGCCAACUCUCGCCGCUUACUGUACACUCAGUUGGACUUGGCCAUCGACUUUCAGUGUGGAGUAGCGUCAGUAGUAAUAUGCAUGCAGCACUGUUGUUUAUAAUACUGGGGACAGUAGGAAGAGUAUGGAGUGGCACUCCACUGGUCCUGCCCACAGUUGGAGAGGUGUGGCCACGGCCUCAGGCUGUUGAAUCCCAAGACACCUACAUGAUCAUCAGGCCAGGGACUUUUUCGUUUAAUGUGACACGAAACACUUGUGCCAUUCUGGAUGAAGCACUACAGAGGUACAAGGAAAUCAUGUUCCCUUCUACUGCUCUUAAGAGACAAGAUCCCUGGAAAAAGGAUGGCAACUUCAAAGGUUAUCUUGACAACCUGAAGGUGACUCUGCUGACAAAAUGUGAGACUCACCCACAUCAGGAUAUGGAUGAGCAAUAUGAGAUUAAGAUCAAUACCCCAGAUGCUCCAGGGGAAGCCUCCCUCAUUGCCCAGAGUGUGUGGGGAAUCGUGAGAGGUCUUGAAUCUUUCUCUCAGCUGCUGGUGCCAAACUCAGCUGUUUAUAAUGUCAACUCUACACAAAUCAGGGAUUUCCCCAGGUUCAGUUACAGAGGCCUGAUGAUUGAUACCUCACGACAUUUCUUACCCAUCUCAAAAAUUGAGGAUACACUGGACCUCAUGGCUAUGAAUAAAUUUAAUGUUCUUCACUGGCACAUUGUGGAUGACCCAAGUUUUCCAUACAUCAGCAGUGUCUAUCCUGAACUCAGCAAACAAGGAGCCUACAGUCCAGGCCAUGUGUACAGAGCAAGUGAUAUUUCCAAUGUUAUUGAAUAUGGGAAGAUGAGGGGGAUCCGUGUCCUGCCUGAAUUUGAUACGCCAGGUCACACUCAGUCCUGGGGCUCCCAGCCAGGGCUCCUGACACCUUGUUACAAAAAUGGCAUCCCUGAUGGAACCUUUGGCCCUAUUGACCCAACCAAUGAUGCAAACUACGAUUUCUUGAGAACCUUUUUUGAAGAGGUUACAUCUCGGUUUCCUGAUCAUUAUGUCCACCUUGGAGGGGAUGAAGUCAGCUUUGACUGUUGGAAGAGCAAUCCUACAAUCACACACUAUAUGUCUCAGCACAACAUUACUGGGAACUACAGAAAAUUAGAAGAAAUAUAUAUCACAAAACUUACUCAGAUGAUCAGUAAUCUUCCAACUAAAAAUGGAUACUUGGUGUGGCAAGAAGUAUUUGACAAUGGAGUCAACAUUGCUGAUGAUACAGUGGUACAUAUUUGGAAGGAUGGAGGUACACCACUAAUCUUCAAGCAUGAACUUGGCAAAGUAACUUCAGCUGGUUAUAGUACAGUUCUGUCAUCAUGCUGGUAUCUCAACUACAUCAGCUAUGGUGUUGACUGGCACAAGUAUUAUGAGUGUGACCCACAAGACUUUGAUGGCACGGAUGAGCAAAAACAAUUGGUGCUUGGAGGAGAGGCAUGCAUGUGGGGAGAAUACGUAGAUAGGACCAACCUUAUCUCACGCACAUGGCCUCGUGCUUCAGUUGUGGCUGAGAAGUUGUGGAGUAAUAAAUUCCACACAGUUGACAGCAAUGCAGCUUCCCCUCGGCUGGAGGAGCACCGUUGUCGACUUCUUGGACGAGGUUAUGAUGUUGAGCCUCUCUGGCCAUCCUUCUGUGCUGCUGAUGUUGCACAACUUUAAAAUUUCCUUAAACUGCAACACAGAAAGAAAAAGAGAGUAAUGUUUGAAAGGUAUUAUAUUUCAGAUGCACAAUACAUCAUUAAACAUUCCUAUUUUUAUUCACAAAGGCCUUAUAAGUUCCUGGGUGCACUGUUCUAAACUUACCACCUGUUCCUGGCUUCUGUAGGACAAGAGCAGAAGAGUGAAUUAUGAAAGACCUGAGAUUACCAUGUCUAUUUAUCCAUCUAUAGCUUACACUUCAUUGCUCUCAGGGGGAUGGCCAUGGCAGAUUUCCAUCUUUCUGUUCUGGAGCUCCACACAUGAUUUUAACUUAAGGGGUUAGGAAAUGCUAACAUGAAAUUAUGGAUGAUGAAAGCAGCAAAAGAAAGAUAGUGAAUGAAGUGGAAGUGAGGAAGUUAUUGGUUUUAUCUUUAAGUAGUACAGUCACCGUUUAUAAUGUGCAGGGUGGUAAAUAGGUAGAUAAAGUAAAUCUGUAUCUUUAUUUAGAUGUUACAAUAAUGCAUUCAAUUUGAAAGUCUACAUACUUAUCACAGAUGAAUCUGAAUGUACAGGUUUUGAGGUUAUGUGAAAAUUAUGAGUUAGAAAACUCAAUAACACUAUGAUGACAAAGGACCAAGCAACAUUCAAAUGUGUGCACAAGGACACUAUGCACUUCUUGUUUGGGGAGGUUUACCACUUGGCCACACACAUGCACACACACACAAGAAAAACAGCAAUAAUAAUACAUAUGUAUUUAACAAAGACAGGGUAGUUUCAUUAACAGUAAGCAAUAAAUAGUUACUUACAGCAUAAAA